AUUAACGGUUGUGUGACAGCGGUUACGCGCCAACGCGUUUGAAAAUUUUUUGUAAACUUAAUUUUUGAGCGUUAAAAAAUUUAAAAUACGAAUCAAUUGAAUGGAAAUUGUUAAAAAUUAAAGAAAGAAAAACAUAUUGGAAGACAAGAGUGGUAGUAUGUAAAUUUAUUGAAAAAAGCCAACAAAAUAUUUGUGUCGUUUGCCAAAAACGGAAAAAUAUAAAACAACUUAAUAAUAAACGGAAAUCAGUUUUAACCAACAACCAAAUACGUUAAUAGAAGAACUUUUUUUUUCAAAGAAAAAAUUAAAAUUUAUUUAUAAAAAUUAUUAAAAAAACGUGCUGCGGAUAUAGAAAUUUAAAUGUGCAAUUUAAGUUUAAAGGGAAAAUAUUAAAAAAAAGAAAUUUGUUUCUUUAAAUUAUUGGAAAAAAGUGUGUGGGAAAGGUGUUAAAAAAAGCUGAUAUUUGGAAUAUAUUUACUUAACAGCAACAGUUAUUAAUUAUUUUUUUAAGUAAAAAAUGCGUGAACGUAGUCAUACCACACCUAGAAGACGCGGUCCUAAACAACCGUUACCACAGGAUGCUCUAUACAAUGAUUCAUUCGAUUCUCAAGAGUCUCCAUACUAUACGAUCGAUAAUACGGAAGAUAUUUAUAGUACAACACUAUUGCCAUCUCAGAGAUGUUAUGUGGAUCCAUGGGACUUAGAAAAUUAUGAUUAUGUUAGAAAAAAAAUUGAACAGCCAAUAUCUCCACGUCCCCAAGAAUAUUACGAGACAUCGCUAUCACCUAGUCCCAUCGAGGAGCCCAUGCAUUCGAACUAUUACUACGACAGGGAACCAAUAGAGGUUCCACCUCGUAUGGCAUCCACUAUGCCACGUAAUCGUCGACGUUCUUCACACUAUCAAUGUCAAAUGGAAUGCUGUCAACCUCAGCCGCAAAGAAGACGUCCUAGUGGUCUUUACGAUGUGGGUGGUGCGGAUAAAUACGAUGACUAUAUGACUUUGCAUAUGGCACAGAAAUUUCAAAAUGCUCUUAAUUUGGAAGAUGUUGAACAAAAUAUUUAUACAGGAUUUGGUGGCCUCUCAUCUUCCUCCUCUACCGAGCCGCAUAGUUCGCUGGGCGAUGACUAUCACACAAUGACACUACAGCGACAAGUUUCCAACUAUGGCAUACUACCACAAAGACGAAUUUCUAAACCAGCACCCAAAUUGGAAUUUCCCUCACCACCACCAAUGCCACCAACCUACGACUAUUGUAAUCCUUAUGCUACAUUGCCUCCUUGCUGUAGUGUAUCCGAUUGCUAUGAAUGUUUGUCGCAGGCUCAACAGCAACAACAAAUCUAUGGCACUCACUCGAUUUACGGCACGACCCCAGCCACUGGACCCUCUAGUUGUUAUGGCUGUGCGGGCAUGACCGCCAGUCAAACAUUAGGGCGACGUCCCUCUUCAUCGCUCUACAGUGGAAUUUAUAGUAGUAAAUUCGGUAUGAGCAAAAAGGGUCUAUUGCAAAUCGAUUAUUCGUGCAGUUGGAAUGAUUUAGAUCGUGUUAUGGGUAAAAAUUAUUGAACAUGUUAAUAAUAAAAUUAUUGUUAUGAUUAAUUUAAUUUCA